GCACACACUACCCACCAUGGCCAGCGAGCAAACGAUCGCGGGAGCAGACGCAAUCGGCGCCGACGAACCCUUCUUGGGACUAUUGGACGUGGCCCUACUGGCGGUACUGAUUGGUGGAGCCGCGUUUUACUUUCUACGCAGCCGCAAGAAGGAAGAGGAGCCGGCUCGGAGCUAUUCUAUACAACCCACAACAGUGUGCACCACCAGUGCUGCGGACAACUCAUUUAUAAAGAAGCUCAAAGCCUCCGGGCGCAGCCUUGUCGUUUUUUAUGGUUCGCAGACCGGAACCGGUGAGGAAUUCGCCGGCCGCCUAGCUAAGGAGGGCAUUCGAUACCGUCUAAAAGGAAUGGUUGCGGACCCCGAGGAGUGUGAUAUGGAGGAGCUACUGCAGCUUAAGGACAUAUCUAAUUCUCUGGCCGUUUUCUGCCUGGCCACCUACGGCGAGGGAGAUCCUACGGACAACGCCAUGGAGUUCUACGAGUGGAUCACCAACGGCGAUGUCGACUUGACCGGGCUUAAUUAUGCGGUAUUUGGCUUGGGCAACAAGACAUACGAACACUACAAUAAGGUGGCCAUAUACGUGGACAAGCGGCUGGAGGAACUGGGCGCUAACCGAGUCUUUGAACUCGGGUUGGGCGACGAUGAUGCUAACAUCGAGGAUGACUUUAUCACGUGGAAGGACCGCUUUUGGCCCGCUGUUUGCGACCACUUUGGCAUCGAGGGCGGUGGCGAGGAAGUGCUCAUUCGCCAGUACCGUCUGCUGGAACAACCGGAGGUGCAGCCUGACCGCAUUUACACUGGAGAGAUCGCACGUUUACACUCGAUGCAGAACCAGCGGCCGCCCUUUGAUGCUAAGAAUCCCUUCUUGGCACCCGUCAAGGUUAAUCGCGAGCUGCACAAGGGUGGCGGUCGCUCCUGCAUGCACAUAGAGCUGAGCAUUGAUGGGUCCAAAAUGCGCUACGACGCUGGAGAUCAUGUCGCCAUGUACCCUGUUAACGACAAAAGCUUGGUGGAAAAGCUUGGCCAGUUGUGCAACGCAAACCUGGACACUGUCUUUUCGUUGAUUAACACGGACACGGACAGCAGCAAGAAACAUCCGUUCCCCUGCCCUACCACGUAUCGCACCGCACUCACCCACUAUUUGGAAAUUACAGCAAUACCCCGCACGCACAUCCUCAAGGAGCUUGCUGAGUAUUGUAAUGACGAGAAGGAAAAGGAUCUACUGCGCACCAUGGCCUCCACCAGUCCGGAAGGAAAGGAAAAGUACCAGAGCUGGAUUCAAGACGCCUGUCGUAAUGUGGUCCACAUUCUGGAAGACAUUAAGUCCUGCCGUCCUUCUAUCGACCACAUUUGCGAGCUUCUGCCCCGUUUACAGCCACGGUACUAUUCCAUCUCGUCGUCAGCUAAGCUGCACCCUACUGAUGUGCACGUGACUGCCGUGCUCGUGGAGUACAAGACUCCUACGGGACGCACCAACAAGGGUGUAGCCACGACGUAUCUAAAGAACAAGCAACCCCAUAGCGGCGAGGAAGUUAAAGUGCCAGUGUUUAUUCGAAAAUCUCAGUUCCGAUUACCUACGAAGCCGGAGACUCCUAUCAUAAUGGUGGGUCCGGGCACUGGUCUUGCGCCCUUCCGUGGAUUUAUCCAGGAGCGACAGUUUCUACGUGACGAGGGCAAGAAUGUGGGCGAGUCGAUACUGUACUUCGGUUGCCGUAAGCGCAUCGAGGAUUACAUCUACGAAACCGAGUUGGAGGAGUGGGUAACAAAGGGCACACUUAAUCUGAAGGCCGCCUUUUCCCGUGACCAGGCAAAAAAAAUCUAUGUUCAGCAUCUCCUUGAGCAGGAUGCAGAUCUAAUAUGGAAAGUGAUUGGCGAGAACAAGGGACACUUCUACAUAUGCGGUGAUGCGAAAAACAUGGCCGUGGACGUUAGGAACAUUUUAGUGAAAAUUUUGUCCACCAAAGGUAACAUGAGCGAGGCUGAAGCCGUGCAGUAUAUCAAGAAGAUGGAGGCUCAGAAGCGCUACUCGGCCGAUGUCUGGAGCUAAUCUGGUCCAAAUGGACACCUAUAAGCGUAAAGUUUUCUAGUUUUUAAAGCUGUGUAAGCGUAAUUUUUGGUUUGGGAACUUCUUACUGCAGUUCAACAAACGAUGAAUGAGUAACGAUUAGUAUAUAUCUAGUUUAAAUAACUCUAGUUUGUCCCUGGUCUGUUUAAUGGGGCAAACAAAGACGGAAUAUAAGUAAUGAAAUGAGCGGAGUAACAAGUCUUCGAUUUAAGUAGCUUUGCACGAAUGCAGAUUAAUUAGAGUUUUUUACGUGCAUUUUAUUAUGUAUUCUCUUGGUGAUUUCAAUACAAAUACGAAACAUGUUGUGCAAUUUUAAAAAUGACACUGAAAUUGUAUUUUUAAAAAUAAAAAUAUUAACUUUUUGCUGCAGUUCAACAAACGAUUUAGUAUAUAUAUAGCUUAAAUAACUUUCUGGUUUGUCCCCGGUCUGUUCAAUGGGGCAAAUUUAAACGGAAUUUUAGUAAUAAAAUGAUUGGAGUAACAAGUUUUUGAUUUAAGUAGAUAUGUACUGAAUUUUCGAGUUUUUUACGAGCACUUUAUUUUGUAUUCUCAUGGUGAUACGAACUGUAACAUUGGCACUUAUUGUAUUUUCAUAAAUAAACAAUAUACAAAAAUUGUUGUCUACUAUUAAA